GUUAGGAGUGGAGGAUAUGCUGCGACUGGUGGACAUUCUAUGCAUGAAGUACCACAGCAACAGUAUUGUUUACCCUAGAAACAGGCCGCUGGUAACGUGGACUUUCUGGGAAGGAACUUGGAUAGCAACUUUCAAAAGCUAUCUGUUGAUAUUGGCCUUAAUGUUUUGGAACGCUUGAUAAACAACCUAAACUUAACCGCGACACUGUGGCGUACUGGGUGUUAGCGAGUUUUCACAACAGGACCGUUUUCUAUUGUGUUGUUGGGAACGAAAGAAAUAUGGAGUCAGCGGGAGCACCACUGAACAAUCAAAGGGAGCAGACAUCGAUCUGCUUCAAGGCCUUUAUGCUAAAAAAUAGUACAAAAAGUAACCUCAACCUCUAUGACCAUUUUGCACGGGUUCUGACCAAGGUGAUGGAUGAGCGCCCAGAAAAUGUGGUUGACGUAAUUGAAGACAUGAGCCAUGAGGUGAAGCGGGGAUUGCUGCUGGACAAGCAGAGCACAUUGAGAGACAUACCUCCGUCGCCUGCUGCACAGCUCCUGGCUGAGCAGCAGAUGUUGCUGUUUUCACGGGGAGGGGGUGAUGAUGGCGACCAAGAGGUUGAAACACCGCUCCCCAAUGUGAGUGAAGUUGGCUUCUUACUGGAGCAGGCUGGAGUGGGACUGGGCAGAGAGGAGACGCUGAGGGUUUUCCUGGCACUCAAGCAGUUGGUAAAUUCCCAACCACUAGCACGCUGCCGACUCUGGGGUAAAAUCCUGGGCACUGAGGGCAACUAUCUUGUUGCUGAGGGUGAGUACAGAGAUGAGGAGGAAGGGAUUAAUGAGGAAACAGCAGAAGACGCAGAAGGAGAACCUCGGGAUGAUGAUGAGGAAGCUGAGGUGGUGGAAGAAAUUGAUACACUCCCAAGAUCCACUUUCAAGCCGCCACCUGUGGUGCCAAAGGAGGACAACCGCACAGGUGUGAACAAAUUCACUUACUUUGUGUGCAGAGAGUCUGGCCUUCGCUGGAUGAGGCUGCCCACUGUCACUCCUACCCAGAUUACAGCUGCGCGCCACAUCCGCAAAUUCUUCACAGGGAGACUGGAUGCCCCCAUUGUCAGCUAUCCCCCUUUCCCUGGCAAUGAGGCUAACUAUUUGCGAGCCCAAAUUGCUCGCAUCUCUGCCGGCACACAGGUCAGUCCCCUCGGGUUCUACCAGUUUGGAGAGGAGGAAGGUGAGGAGGAAGAGGAGGGAGCCCGGGACAGCUUUGAAGAGAAUCCUGACUUUGAGGGUAUUCCUGUUCCUGAAAUGGCAGAAUCUCUAUCCACCUGGGUGCAUCAUGUCCAGCACAUUCUCCAACAGGGUCGCUGUGUGUGGGUGAACCUGGCUGAGAAGCCUGAGGAUGACUUUGAGGAGGAAGCAGAUGAAGAGGUGAAGGAGGAGGCUGAUGAGCCUGAGCCAGAGGUGGGCCCACCCCUCCUCACACCACUCUCUGAGGAUGCAGAGAUUACCACAACCCCUCCCUGGAGCUCCAAGAUGUCCUCCACCCUCAUCUCUCAGUUUGCUAUUGCAGUGUUACGCUCCAACCUCUGGCCAGGGGCUUAUGCUUAUGCCAGUGGAAAGAACUUUGAGAACAUAUACUUUGGCUGGGGCCUGAAAUUUGCAGGGGAAGCCUACACCCCAACUUUUCCAACAAUACCUCAGCGAGAAUACACCAGCGGGCCAGAGAUUACAGAGGCCCUGGACCCCAGUCUGGAGGAAGAGCAGGCCCUGAAAGCAGCCAUGGAGGAGCAGAAGGCUGCCCAAGAUGAGACAGAGGGCCUGGGUGGAGAUGAAGAGGAGGAUGAUGAUUGAGGAAGACUUUGUUGGAAACAGACACUACAUUACAAAAUUGAAUGUUGACUAAAGCCUUAAUUUGUCAAGAAAGCACAAAUUAAACAAUUCGCAGAGCAAUGUCCCGUGCCUCUUUUUUUAACGUUUUUUUUUUUUAACAAUCACAAAGCUGUUUUUGAAGAUGAACUGAGAAAAUUGUGCAUUUAAUUAACAUCUCUUUGUUGAAUAAUCUUUCUUGGACAUCAAAGCGUAGUCAGAUGUGUUGGCAUGGCAGACUCCACUGUUUAUUAGUUUCAAUAUGAAGCAGACAAGGAACUCAUUACCUCAAUGAUAAGACCUGUCAGAAUGUGUGGGGUGUUCCUUCAAUAAGAUAUCUCUAACCAUAAAUGAGCAUGACAGAAACUACAGAGAAUAAGAAAAAUACAUCAUUUUUUAAAAUUAAUUUUGCAUUACAACAAAACAUGUAAUGCAAUUACAAGUCUGCGGUCAAAUCUAAUUCAUAUUUGAUUAAUCUGUCAUCCCAGUGAAUUAGGUUAAAAUCCAUUCUGUAGAUCAAAUGAGGCAGACAAUUAUAUGGAUAAUGAACUGCUUUUGUUUCACUGCAAACUUGCACAUCCUUCAAUCACAGUCAUCUGUAGCUGUGUAAUACAGCUGUUUGAGUAAUACAUUAAUGUACAACAUGUGACCUGUUAUUAAUCAAGCCAGAAGAUCAUUGAAAACCAAAUGUUUAAUCAAGCUGUGAAAUAAAUAAAAACAUGGGAUAAUACAGGUUAAUCCAUGGAAUCAUCCUAGUUCUGCCAAUAGCACUGAGGAAAUCCAGCUUCCUGUGGAAGAAUUAAGAGAUCUCCUUUGGAAUGACAACAAAAA